AAAGAAUCAGUCAAAAAUUAAAUUAUUGUCAUAAAAAAAACUUAAUUAAACAGUUAAUAAUGGAAGAAUCUGAGUCAAAUGACAGCUCAUCUGAAGAUAUGCAACUAAGGAUUGCCGAGAGUCCAAAAAAGAAGCGUAAAAGAAAGGCAAGGCAGCAAAUGAAUUUGGAUUUUGACAAAUUAGAUAAAACAAUCGAAAGUACGAUUGCAAAAUGUAAAAAUUUGACUAGCGAAUCAGCUAAAAAGGUAUUGUGUAAGCUGGUUAAGAAUGAUCAUGUAUUGGCACUAGCAUUGCUGAAAGCAGAAGAAGAAAACGAACGCGAAAAAGAUGAUUUUUCACAUGAAAGUUCCAGUGAAGAUGAUAAAAAAUCUGACAAUGAAAUGGAACUGACUCCAAAGCUGACUAGAUCAAAAGCUAAAGAGCUAAAUCAUCAACUGCCAAUUCCUGGAUCUUUAAAAACGCCUCAACCAAAUGAGGAAGUUAUAAAGCUAAUUAAAGAUGAUUUAAAAUCUGAUGACGAUGAAGAUGAAGAAUAUCAGCCUGAAUCCGACGGAGAAAUUACGAAUACAACAUUUUCGGACAUUGAUUCACAGCCAAGUACGCCAGGAAGUGCCUUAGUCAAUAACGAUGAAAGUCCAUCAAAAAAUAGUGAAUUUAAAGUUCCUAAAGUUCCUUUAUCUGCUGAGGAGCAAGAAAACAUCGCUAGAAGAACCAGAUCCAAGUUGUGCUUGCAAACUACAUCGAUUGAAACAAUUGAGCAAACUUUUAUUCCACCAGACAUCGAUUUAGACAUGUAUGACUUUGAAAUGUACGAGAAUGAAGAUGAUUGUGAAUGGAAAGAGUUUCUUAAUGAAUUUAUGCAACCACUUCCAAAACAGUCAGAGGAAGUAGACGAUGAGGCUGAUCCAGAAUAUGUUGCGACUGAAUCUAUCAAUUUAAUUGAUGAUAAGGAAGAAAAGAAGCUUGGACGAGUAUCUAAAAAGGAAUUAAAUCAAUUGAUUUCAGAACUAAUUGAAGAUUCAUGUAAUACAACUAUUGAUUCAAUUGAAAGCUUAUUUCCAAAAAAGUCUUAUGAUCCACCGUCAACUUCCAAAAAUAGUAAAAAACAGUCAAAGUUCACUCCAUCAAAAAAAUUCCAAUCUCCAAAAGUAAUCUCGAAAAUCGAUACAGUUACUGAUCUCAAUACUCCGCCUCAUACAGAAGAUCCAGUUGAGAUUAAGUCAGUAGAAAAUGUUCCAAAUACUCCAGUUCAAGUCUCAAAGAAUCAAUAUUAUUAUUCACCAACAAAUGUAAACAUGCAGACACCUCAAAGACCAUUACCAACUGGUUUUGUCACUCCUACAACAAUCCAAUCACCAAAUACAACACUUACUCCGAACCUUCCUUAUAGCUUUGCUCCACAAAUUACGAUUCAAUCAACGCCUGUAGCUGCUGCUGUAAUUCAGUCAAAAUCAGGAUCUGUCAAGUCACAAGGUUCCAUAGUUAAGGCUCAAAAUACAUCAGUUUCUGCUAUUCAGUCAAAAUCAAUAAUUGAACAGUCACCAUCAAUUGCUAUAGUCGACUAUAGUCCAAUGAAGAACUUACCAUCAAUCUUGGUAGUAAAUCAGAAUCAAUUGGAAGUAAGGCCUUUAUCAGAUUCUAGUGGAGGCUUCAAUUCGAACAGCAUAAUGAGUCAAGGAUUUUAUUACAAUGGAUUAUAUACUUUGCCUCAAUUUCAAUCAGUCGUCGUGCAAGUUCCAACAAUUGAUAUUUUACAAAAUGGACUGAAUCUGUCGACAAGCUUCAAUAGCUCAUUUAAUCAAAGUUUUGAAGAAUGUAGGAACAGCAUUGAGGCUGAUAAUUUGACUGAUGAUGUAAAGACUAAGAUGAAACGAGAAAGCAGGCUGAAUGUGUUUGAAUAUUUAAGUACAGAGGUGCCAAAGGACACCUCAAUUGAUCCAAACUUGAAAGGAUUUACAAAUGAACAGAAAAUUAUUUUUGAGCAGCAAUUCCGCAUGCAUGCACAACUGUUAAGUCAAAAUUACGUUCAGACUUAUGCACAUCCAAAUUGGUGGAACUCAUCUGAACCAUUAAAGGAUAAUUUAAAAGAAUUAAGGAAAGUGUGUCCAAAGAAUAUUAAUAGUCAUGUAGAAAAUUGUUUAAAAUUAUGUCAAGACUGGGAAGCUCAACUGGCUGAAAAUAACGAAAGAAAUAAGAAAUAUAUGGAGUUUCUGCAUCAGGAAAUCGAAUUGGAUGAAAAAAGCUUUCAGGAAAAGAAGCAUUUUAAAGGUAUCAUCCAUAAUAGAAUGUUUGAGAUUAUGCUUAGAAGUAAAGCUAUAAUUUAUCCAUCACUCUUACCAAAGACUCCAUUUAGAGCUGUAAAAUUCAAUAAAGUACCUCCGAUUCCAUCUGAACUAUCUAUGAUAGCAUUAGGCAUCGAGCAUGCUUAUGAGAAAAUUUACAAGGAACUGAAUUGUUUAAAUCCAAGAAGACUGAGAGAACCAAAAAUUAUGAGUAUCGUAAAUACAAUCUUAAGAAUGUUUGGAAGCUUUAGAUCUGAAAAUGGACUUUUGAAGAUAAUUGAAAAAUACAAACAGCAUCAAUUAAUGAAUCCAAUUAAAUAUUAUUUCAUUCACAAGAGAGCUCCUGCUGUUAAUCAUAAAAUUGAGGAUGUCGAUUUCGAGAAUGUUCGUCCUCCGUUAGAAUUGAGACGUGGAGUGCUGCCAAAAAUAUGGGAGGAAUAUAAGUUUUCAGUUUAUAAGUUGGUUUUUACAUCUAAUAAUAAUGAUGGAAGCAGUCAUGUUGAAGUGAAAUCAUCAGAAGUACAAAAUAUUGACAAAACUAAUUUAACAAAUCAAAAAGUAACUGAAAAUUUAUUAACACCACAAAAAGUAAUUUUAAAUGAUUCUAUACAAUUGGAGAUAAUUGAUGAUAUUGAGCCUAAAAUUAAUAUAAUUAUAUUGCCACAAGAGAACGAGAAUCUAGAAGAGGAAGUGAGAAAAAUAAAUUUAUUGGAAAACACUCAAAAGCGGAGUCCAUCAUUAAAAAGCUGGCAAAAGUCGAACGAAGAGAAACAGCAAAACUUAACGUCAAUACUGAAGAAAGUGACAAGCAACAUUGAAAAGAGUCCUUCCAAAAAGAAAACUGUAAACUUUCUACUUCCAAAAGAUCAACCCAAUGAGAUUAAAUCCGUAAAAUUCAGUGACAAAAUUAAGGCGUCAUUUAGUGCAAAGAAAAAAUUUCAUCACAUAAUUAAGGAAUUCUUCUCGAACUUUACAGCAAAUCUAUCCAAAACAAUACAAAAUGAAUUACAUCCGUUAAUACGUAAACUUUUUAUACGCACGAGAUCGUUUGAUAUCUAUUGGCAGAUUGUAAGUUGCAACAUUAUGCUAUCAAAGAAGAACAACAAACAUGAAAAUGGAACUACCUCAUCGGAAAAUAUUUCGAAAACCAAGAAACAAAUUAGUAGUGAAGAAUAUUCCAAGAAGAUUAAUCGUAAAUUGGCCGAUAAUCGUUCAUUGAUUAUGCAAAAUGCUAAGGAUCAUAAUACAGUCGAGAAGGAUUGCUCAUAUGCUUACAAUUAUUUACAAAAAGUACGAAAAACAUUGCUGGAGAAUGGCGAUGAUGAGUUGUAUAGUCAAUUUAUGAAAAUGUUAACAGCAUUUAAUCCUGUAACGGAAUCAGUACCUGAAUUAUACUAUAAAAUGGAAACUCUUUUGAUGCCCAACUACUCAGAUUUACUCGAUUUAUUUUUAACAUUUCUACUACCUGAACAUGCAGCCGAAAUUGGAAAAUUUUGUGAACAUUUCAUGCUUACAAACAUGACAGACUUAGUUGAGAAGCUCAAUCUAUUCUUCCAAAAGCAACCACAUCUAAAGAAAGUCUAUGCCUGUAUAAAUGAGCUAUCAAAUGAGCAGGAUCUCACUUUGGAGCGUUUAAAAUCAAAAAUUUUACCACUUUUAAAAGGUAAUCAAGUACUGAUUGAUUGGUUUCUGGAACUUUUUGAUCAUCCAAGCGAGAGUGGACUAGAUGAAUAUGAAACAUUGCAUGUAAAGAAGUCACUUAAUGAUAGUGAAGUUACGGACGAUGGCUAUGAGGAGAUUCAGUCACAAGACUUGAUAGAAAAUGAAAAUUGUACUUUUUCAUCAUGCGGCGUUAAAUACAUUAAUGGAAAGAUUAUGUAUCGAUGUAAGGCACUACUUCCGGCUAAAAUUUCAUUCCUAGCAAAUGAUGUGAUUGUGGAUGAGAAGAAUAAUCAUGAAGACUUAUCGUCGUCAUUUUGUGUUCACGAGAUAAGAAAGCACAUUCAGUAUAAUGAUAGUAAGAAGCCUGUUGAUCAAGAUGAGAAGGCAAAGAAGAAAAAAAUUAGUAAGAAGAAGUUUAAAGUUUGUGAAUCACAAAUAUUACAUGCUCACGCAAUUAGACUUAAUCAAAUACAUGCACAAAAUGGAGAAAAAUUGUCAGACAUAAUGAAUGUAUUGGAAUCAAGCUGUAAAAAUGGAAGCAAUGAAUCUCCUAAGAAACAAAUUUGUAAAAGUACGAAAAGAAAUGGAAAUUCACCGAAAAAGGUUCUUAAAUCACCAUCGUCAUCGUCAUCGGAUGUGUCUAUGAACUUUUCAUCUCCGUCCCCGUCUAAAACACUUCAAAUUAGUCGAAAACUUAAAGCACUGACUACAGACAGCGAGGAUGAACUGAAUAAUAAGAAAGUUAAGCUUAUGGACUCGUCAAGUGACAGUGAGAAGUUACAUUCAUCAAAUGGAAACGAUAUGAUGGAUGAGGACGAGAUUAUGACACCAACAUCAUCAAAGUCACUUGAAGACAACAGCAAAAAGUCGAUAGACGUUGAAAUGCUGGCAUGGACAAGAGAAGAAGACAAGCUAAUUCUCGAGGAAAUUAAGAAUGGAUUCUCGAAUGCUGAUGAACUAAUUAAAACUUUAUGUGAGAAGCUUGAGAGUCGCGAUGAUUGUCAAAUUCGUGAACGCUUUGAAUUUUUAUUGAAUUUUGUAACUAAUUUAACGAGUAGUUAAGUCGCAAAAAAGUAUUAAUUCUGUUAUAUUUAGCAAUUUAUUUAUAUCCUAAACUGGUAAUUAAAAUUUGAUUUAUUGAACUAUAUUUAA